GGAGGGAGGAGGAAGAGGAGACUAAUAGAAAAUAAAGAGGAGAAAGUAAGAUGUGGGGAGUUAAGUUUUCGAAAGUUCGGAUAUUUCAUAUAUAUUAUAAAUCUGACAUCAUCACACCUGACAUCACUUCCUGUGUCUGUGAUCUUUCUGACAUCACCUACAGUUCUGUUGCUGCUGUGAUCUCUUGGAGUCUUAACCUAUGAGGGGAGGAGACUUUUUACAGGAACAGCUGAGAUAAAAAUAGUAUCCUCAGUUUGCACAUGAAGAAAUCCCUGAAGUCCCAAAAUCAGACAAUCGUCCAGACGUCGUCUUCAGUGACUCUAGAACCAGAGGAAGCAAUGUCAACAGCUGCUUCGACUCAAACCAGGUCAGCAGAGACAAACAAAGCACAAGCUGCUAUAGAAAUGGAAAACCAGUCUCCUGUAGGAACCAACACAAGGACUGAAGAGAGUCAAGUACCAUUCAUCACCAUGCCAGUGCCACAACCAGCCAGCUACAUCCAUCAAGGUCCAGGCUGCGACACCUACUCAGAUCCAGCCUACAACCAAGGUCCAGGCUUUAACUACCAGGGUCCAGCCUACAACCAAGGUCCAGGCUUUAACUACCAGGGUCCAGCCUACAACCAAGGUCCAGGCUUUAACUACCAAGGUCCAGCCUACAACCAAGGUCCAGGCUUUAACUACCAGGGUCCAGCCUACAACCAAGGUCCAGGCUUCAACUACCAGGGUCCAGCCUACAACCAAGGUCCAGGCUUCAACUACCAGGGUCCAGCCCAAGGUCCAGGCUUCAACUACCAGGGUCCAGCCUACAACCAAGGUCCAGGCUUCAACUACCAGGGUCCAGCCCAAGGUCCAGGCUUCAACUACCAGGGUCCAGCCUACAACAACUACCAGGUCCAGCCUAAUGUCCAACUCAUUGACUCACAACAAUUUAUCCAGAAACAACAUUUGAGAGACCUCCAUUAUCUUGCACUGUCCAAAGAUGUGAGGAUGCAGGGACAUCUCAAACAUCAAUCAGGCAUGAACAAGGAGGCAAGGACGAGACUAACCAGAGAGGUGAAGGAAUUGUCCACAGUCAAAAGUUCACUGGUACAGACCAAAAAAGACCUGUCCCGUCUCCGGCAAAAAUCCUCUGGCCUUAAAGCAGGAUUGUUGCAGAUGCAGGAAGACCUGGACAAGGAAAUACUCCAGAGGCAGGAAGACUCUCGCCUCCUGGAGUCUCUGAAGAACACCGAGCAGACUCUGGAUGACAAAGUAAAAGAGAGAGAAGAAAUCUAGGGAUGAACUGAUGGGGCAAGGUCCAGGAUACAACCAUGGUCAAGCCAAUAUCUUCCAGGGUCCAGGCGACAACAACUCCUAAAGUCCAACCUGCAAUAAAUACAAGGUGCAGUCCGACUCACUGACUCACAUCAAGUGAUCCAGAAAAACCUUUUGAGAGACGUCCAUGAUCAUUGACCUGUCCAAACAUGUGAAGAUGAAACAGGAUGCUGCCGAAAGGAGAAAAGGAAUCCAGGGAGAACUCAGAAGAUCGAUCAGACAUGAAGGAGGCAGAGACGUUCCUAACCAGGCAGGUGGUCCAGGCCAAAGAGGACCUGUCUUGUCUCCUUUAAAAAGCCUCUGGUCUUAAAGUAGGACUUUUGCAGAUACAGGAAGACCUGGACAAAAGAGACUCCAGUUGCAGGAAGACUCUCAACACCUGGAAUCUCCAAAGAACACCAAGCAGACGACGAAGGAAAUAUCAAGGAAAUGAUUCCUCCAGCUCUGUAGAAGAACUGUGGGGACGUAACCUUACUCUGACCUCUCAAAUGACAUCUCCACCCACUUGUCGAGGCAGAUGGCCACUCCCCACCCUCCAGAGUCUGGUUCUGAUCCACGUUUCUGCCAAUAAAAAGGGGAGUAGUUCCUUGCCACAGUCACCAAACACAUGUUCAUUGGAAAAUAAAGUUGACUUGAUCAGGAUCCAACCCUGGUUGGCCCGAUGAUGUAGUGAUGAGCACCGUCGCCCCACGGCAAGAAGGUGACGGGCACGAAUCCAGGUUCACAUCCUUUUUUGUGUUGUUGUUCUGUCGUGCGAGUAUGGAUUUAAUGAAUCAGCUGGUAAAUAUGAAAACAGGAAAAUGAAGUUUGUACUUUUUCAUAUUUUCAUCUACUACAUUUUGAUAUUUUGGUUGUUUUAAACAAACACACACACACACACACACACACACACACACACACACACACACACACACACACACACACACACACACACACACACACACACACACACACACACACACACACACACACACACACACACACACACACUCAUUUGGUCCUCUCACAUGGUAGAAGAUGGUGGAGGAGAGGAGGCUACUGUCACCAUGGCAACAGACAGAGUCCCCCACCCCCACCACCCACUCCCAACACAUUCUCAUCCUACACGAACACACACUCCUGUUGUCGAGUGGGGGUAAAGUGUGUGUGUGUGUGUGUGUGUGUGUGUGUGUGUAAAGAGAGCGGAGGUGACGGAGUAAAAGCAUUUCUCUGUGUGUGAAAGAUAAAGUGUGAGUGUGUGAGUGUGUGUGUGAGUGUGUGAUGGGUUUGCUAAGGUCACACUCUCACUGUGGAAUACAAAUCUGUCAUGGCUGACACA